AUGGAGGAGGCACAUGCACAACGAGUCACACUAGAGGACUACUCUAGUACAACUACUCCACAAUUCUUCACAACCAUCGCAAGGCCAGAGGUUCAAGCAGCCAACAUCUCUUAUCCUCACUCUCUCAUCCAACUGAUCCAAGGAAACCUCUUUCAUGGUCUUCCAAAUGAGGAUCCUUAUGCUCACCUCACCUCCUAUAUAGAGAUUUGCAACAUGGUCAAGAUAGUCGGAGUUCCUGAAAAUGCAACACGCCUAAAUCUCUUUUCCUUUUCACUAGCAAGGGAGGCAAAAAGGUGGCUACACUCAUUCAAGGGUAAUAGCUUGUGGACAUGGGAAGAAUUCGUAGAGAAGUUCUUGAAGAAAUACUUCCCAGAUUCAAAAACCACUGAAGGAAAGAUGGAAAUCUCUUCCUUCCAUCAAUUUCCCGAUGAAUCCCUCAGUGAGGUGCUCGACUGCUUCCGUGGGUUGCUAAGGAAAAUGCCUACACAUGGAUACAGUGAGCCGGUGCAACUCAACAUCUUCAUAGAUGGUUUGAGACCUCAAUCGAAGCAGCUACUAGAUGCAUCCGUUGGAGGUAAGAUCAAGUUAAAAACACCGAAGGAGGCUAUGGAGUUAACAGAAAAUAUGGCGGCAAGUGAUCAUGCCAUUCUUCAUGAUCGCACAUAUGCACCAACUAAGAGAAGCCUUCUGAAACUCACAAUGCAAGAUGCAACCUUGGCGCAAAAUAAGCUGCUAUCUAGACAAAUAGAAGCCCUGACCGAAACCCUCAGCAAGCUACCACAACAACUACAAGCAGUAAGUCCUUCUCACUCUUCUGUUAUGCAGGUAGGGGGAUGCCAUACAUGUGGAGGAAUACACGAGUCUGGACAAUGUACAAUUCAAGAAGACCCUUCCAGGGAAGUAAACUACAUGGGCAUACCAAAUCGCCAUGGAUUCCAAGGUUACAACCAAGGAGGUCCGUCUGGAUUCAAUCAAGGAUCAACAGGAUUUAAUCAAGGCCCACGAGGAUUCAACCAAGGAAGGAACUUCACACAAGGCUCAAGCUGGAGGAAUCACCCAGGGAAUCAAUACAACAAGGAGCACAAAAGUCAGCCUGCCCAAAAUCUCAACCAAGGGGAAGAUAUUCACGAGAAAACUAACAAGCUUGAGGAGACGCUAAACCAAUUCAUGCAUAUUUCAAUGUCUAAUUACCGAAGCACAAAAGCCUCCAUCAAGAACUUAGAAAUGCAGGUGGGACAAUUGGCCAAACAGAUGGCUGAAAGACCCUCCAGUAGCUUUGGAGCCAACACGGAAAAGAACCCCAAGGAAGAGUGCAAGGCCAUACUGACCAGAAGCCAAAAGAGAGCACAAGGAGAGGCAGAAGCAGAAAAAGACCAGUCUGAUGAAGGAAGGACAGACAGAGAUGAAGAAAGAGAAGAAGGAAGAGGAGGAGGAAGAGAAGACGGUCUUACUCCCUAA